AUGCAAGUCGACACCGAAGGCCGCCCUCAGUUUGCGCCCGCCAAGGAUAUCCCGCUGUCCAUGCGCAUCGAAACCCGCAAGGUCCCCAUUCCGCCGCACCGCAUGACCCCGCUCAAGGCUUCCUGGCCCAAGAUCUACCCACCGCUCGUCGAGCACCUCAAGCUUCAGGUGCGCAUGAAUAUCAAGAACAAAGCCGUCGAGCUUCGCACGUCGAGAGCCACGACCGAUACGGGCGCUCUGCAGAAGGGAGAAGACUUCGUCAAGGCUUUCAGCCUGGGCUUUGAUGUUGACGACGCCAUCGCUCUCCUGAGACUGGACGACCUCUACAUUGAGACUUUCGAGAUCAAGGACGUCAAGACCCUGAAUGGAGACCACCUGAGCAGAGCCAUUGGCCGUAUUGCCGGCAAGGACGGCAAGACCAAGUUCGCCAUCGAGAACGCCUCCCGCACGAGAAUCGUCCUGGCUGAUCAGAAGAUCCACAUUCUCGGCGGCUUCAAGAACAUCCACGUUGCAAGAGAGGCCGUCGUCUCGCUUAUCCUGGGUGCGCCGCCGGGCAAGGUGUACGGAAACCUGCGCACUGUCGCUUCCAGGAUGAAGGAAAGGUUCUGA